AUGAACUCCAGCGAAGCAGUAGAUCACACGGCCGUGAAGAGCAUUGCUCAUCAUUCUAAACAGCCCGCUGAAUCCCAGCCGAGACUGAAGAAAGAAAAGGCUCCAAAAGCACCCAAAGGACCAACCCCGCCAAAGCCCAAAUUACCACCACUAGCUAAAGAUAAAGACAUACACACCGAUCCAGAUUCAAUAUUCAAGAGUGGAUUCCUCGCAGAAAUAUACAACGAGCGAUCCUCCGGUCAAAACGGCAUCAAUAAAAUCGUGACCCGCUUCCCACCAGAACCCAAUGGCUUUCUCCAUCUCGGACACAGCAAAGCGAUAAUGAUCAAUUUCGGGUUCGCGAGAUUCCACGGCGGGGACUGCUAUCUGCGCUUCGACGAUACGAAUCCCGCUGGCGAGGAGGAAAAGUAUUUCACUGCUAUUGAGGAGAUGGUCGGUUGGUUGGGCUUCAAGCCGAGUAGGGUUACGCAUUCUAGUGAUCAUUUUGAUCGGCUGUAUGAGCUGGCGGAGGAGCUGAUUGGGAGGGAUGGGGCGUAUGUGUGUCAUUGUAGUAAAGCUGAAGUUGUUGCCCAACGCGGCGGGGGGAGGAGUAAACCCAGAUACGCCUGUUCACACCGGAAUCGUCCACCUUCGGAAUCUUUGACUGAGUUCAGAGCAAUGCGAGAUGGUAAGUAUAAGCCACAGGAAGCUGUUCUGCGCAUGAAGCAGAAUCUGGAAGACGGCAAUCCACAGAUGUGGGAUUUGGCCGCCUAUCGAGUUCUCUAUUCGGUGGAAGAACCUGUGCGGCACCAUCGUACUGGUGAUAGAUGGAAGAUUUAUCCUACGUACGACUUCACUCAUUGCUUGUGUGAUAGCUUUGAUGGUAUUACGCAUUCGCUGUGUACGACGGAAUUUGAACUCUCGAGGGUGUCGUAUGAGUGGUUAUGUGACAAGGUUGAGGUUUACAAGCCGAUGCAGCGAGAGUUCGGUCGACUCAAUAUAUCUGGCACUGUCCUUUCCAAACGCAAGAUCAAAAGCCUCAUCGAAAAUGGCUACGUUCGGGACUGGGACGACCCUCGUCUCUACACGCUCAUCGCAUUACGUCGUCGGGGUGUCCCUCCAGGCUCGAUCCUAACAUUCGUCAACGAACUUGGCGUAACCAAAGCCGAGACUACCAUUGACAUAAAGCGAUUCGAGCAAGUCGUUCGUCGAUAUCUGGAAAGCACAGUCCCUCGUCUGAUGCUAGUGCUGGACCCUAUCCCAGUGGUCAUUGAGAACCUACCGGACGAUUAUCUCGAGAUGGUGGAAUUGCCAUUCUCUAAAGAUCCUGCUUUUGGGGUUCAUACGGUUCCUUUCACAAAGACCGUAUACAUUGAUCGAAGUGAUUUCCGCGAAACGGCCUCAAAAGAUUUCUUUCGACUUGCGCCUGGAGCUUCAGUCGGACUACUGAAAGUGCCCUUUCCAAUCACCGCUACUGGGUUCGAGACAGACCCGACAACUGGCCUGGUGACCUUGGUGCGUGCUCACUACGACAAGCCGGAGAAAGGGGUAGCUUUUAAAAAGCCUAAGACUUACAUCCACUGGAUCGCAGACUGCCCCUCCAAAAACAGCCCCAUCAAAGCCACAGUCAGAGUCUUCAACCCCCUCUUCACCUCUGACAACCCGGACUCGCAUCCAGACGGCUUCCUAGCCGUCGUCAACCCGUCAUCCGAAGAGAUAUAUUCUAAUGCCAUGAUUGAAACGGGACUUUCUGAAAUCAGGGGGAGAGCACCUUGGCCGAACUUGGAAAGGGAGCGGGAUGAAAAUGGAGAGCCUCGACCUGACACUGUUCGAUUUCAGGGGAUGAGGGUUGGGUAUUUUUGUUUGGAUAGUGAUACGAGUGAUGAUGAGCUUGUUUUGAAUAGGAUUGUUAGUCUGAAGGAGGAUGCGGGAAAGGCGUGA